GGUCGACAAAAUUGAAAUGUCAUUUUCGCGGAACUUCGCAGUGUGCUUUUGUUUAUCGUUUACGAUUUGCUCACGUUGAAAAUUAAUUCGCAAAAAAAAGUGAAAUUUGUCAAUUUCGGUGGAUCGGUCGUCCUUUAAACCGGCAGACAAAAAUGAGUAACUCGCAAAAACGGACUGCAUCGGCGAAAGUCUCCGGCGGGUCAAGAUCAGCUCCAUCAACCCCGGAAGCGACGGGCUCUCGUCCAGUGCCCCCAAUUGAUGCUAGUCCCAUAAGAAGUUACACAGAUGGUGGUCAGAAAAUGCUUUUAGGCGCUAUGAAGUCGGUACUGGCUCUGCCAUCAGGAAACUCCCGAGAUCUGUAUGAUACCCAUCCCUCCUUUGUUCGAAUUAUGGACACACAAGCCAAUAAGGUCCUCCAUAUGAUCUCCGACGUCCUAAAGUUGCAGGAGAUCAAGGGCAACAUUGUGGUGCGUGAUCGGGAAGAAAAAUUCGAGCUUCUACAGGAAUUCAACGACACCAUGUUGGAGCGAAUCAAUUCCAAUCUGGAUGAGGUGGCCGGUAUAAAGAAGAAACAUGAAACGGUCCUGGUACAGAGUGAAAUACAGCUCCCUUCGGAACCUCGACAGCGUCUCAGUGGUAGUUGGAACAACACCAAUAAGACUUCGAGUGCAGCUGCUGCCAUGGUUAAGGCUACUUUGGUCACAGGCACCAAUAUACAAAGACCGCAAGCGAAUUUCAAAGUACCCGUCGAUAACUCUGCACUCAAUCCGUUUGUGCCUAAGAUUAAGGAAAAGCCUAAUUCAUUGAAACCACUGGCAGUACUACCAGAGUACGAUGAAGCUGGGAACAUUGACAGCUAUUUGCAUCCGUAUGAGUAUGAAUUGGAUAGAUUCGAACCCACCAAGGAAGCAUUGAAGCCAGUAAAACCUCAGGAACCGCUGGAGCUUGAAAAGACCCCGUUGGAAAUAAUCGACAGGGAAAAUCAGCUACCCAAUCUGUUGAAGGAGCUAAAAGCGGCAAAGGAACUCGCCAUAGAUUUGGAACAUCAUUCGUAUCGCACGUACCAAGGCUUCACUUGUCUGAUGCAAAUCUCGACGAGAAGCAAAGACUAUAUCAUCGAUACAUUGAGUCUGCGGGAAGAGCUACACGUACUGAAUGAGGUAUUCACGAAUCCCAAAGUGGUCAAAGUGCUGCAUGGUUCGACGAGCGAUAUCGAAUGGCUGCAGCGAGAUUUAUCAUUAUAUAUUGUGAACAUGUUCGAUACAGGUGAAGCUGCAAAGGUAUUAGAGUUCUCAAGAAUUGGUUUACAGUUUCUGCUGAAACAUUACUGCAACAUCGAAACAGACAAGGCAUAUCAACUGGCAGAUUGGCGUAUUCGACCAAUUCCGGCCAAUUUCAUCGAGUACGCACGAAAGGAUACUCACUAUUUGUUGUACAUCUACGAUCGCAUGCGGAACGAGCUGAUCAAUAAGGGAGAGAGUUUCCUACCAACCGUAUACAACAAGUCUACCUACAUGUGCAAGCAACGUUACGUCAAACCGCGAAUUAACGAGGAUGCCAUUAUGAACAUCUACCGCAGGUCGAAGCACGUAUUCGAUCAACGUCAAAUGUAUGCCUUCCGGGAGAUUCUCUACUGGAGAGACAAAAUUGCUCGGCAGGAAGACGAGUCACCCGGCUACGUAUUACCUCAGCACAUGGCACUGGACAUUGCCUCCAAGCUACCGCGUGAGAUGCAAGGCAUCAUUGCUUGUUGUACACCGGUGCCUUCGCUGGUGCGACAGCAUUUGCACACUAUUCAUCAAAUCAUCCUAAAAGCGAGAGAAAUAUCCCUGAACAAAACGGUUACAUCAGUUAUCGAACACCAGAAAGAUACUCGUCACAAAAUGCAGUCGACAUUCGAUUUGAACAAUCCACUGUUUUGUCCUCACGAUACCAGUCAAGGGGUACAUCUGGAGACCAAUUUACCGACUUUGCUCAGCUCGACAAACAAGAUUGUAGUGUGUGAGAAGCUGGUGUCUGCUAUGGUAAAAGAACAACCCGACGCAGGUGUGUUUGAGAAAUCGAAAACAAGAACCUUGGACGAGAAAGGCAGAUUGAUUCUGGACAGCAGCAUGUCGGAUGAUUCAAAAAUGGCUAACUUCAUCGAGAUGCAUUAUCAAAGCAAGAACCAGGAUAGCAAUCAAAGUUUAAAUGGAUCCAUUUAUCUAUCAUACCAAGAUCGCCGGUUCAACACACCAUAUGAAAGACACUUGGAAACGUGUCGUAAUAGAUACCAAAAUCAGGAACCAGAGGAGGAAGAAAAACCCACACCCGUUGUCAAACAAGAACAAGUUAAGCAAGUCGUACCAGAACCCGAAGAUUCAAAACUACCGUUGAAGGCUCAAAGAAGACAGGAAGAGAAAGAGGCCAAACGGAAGCUCGUUCAGAUCGAAACGAGCGAUAAAAUCCAUUUCAGCAAGUAUGAACCCCCUAAGAAGAAGGAAAAAACCGAUCGUCUAUCCAAGGGGGAGUUCCCGAUGCAGAUCAACACAUCGAUUGAGGAAAAAGUCUCCCACGAGAAGGGAGCCAGUGAUGACGACGACGAUGUUGACGGUCGGAACGUGUCAGCUCACAGUAGCCAGAACAAUAGUUUUGCCAACGGUGGUAAGAAAAGUAAAAAUAAAAAGAAGAAAUUCAAGAAGCAAGGUAAAGCUGGCCAAAAAGAUUUCAAGCAAAAUUCGAACAAGCCGGUGCCGUUCGAUUAUGGACAAGUAGAUUACAGUCGUUUCCAGGGUGGUUCAAAACCUUUGCCACAGAAGGGCAAAGGAGGUAAGUUUUUUGCACGCAAACAAGGCCAAGGGGAAGAAUCGUCUGUGGGUGAGGGAUCCACUGCGAAAAAAGCCCUGCACCCAAAUAGUAGGAUAGCGAAAGGUAUCAAACAAACACAAAAAAUGUUUAAUUUUAGCAGCAAUAAUUUACAAAAGAAAAAGUAAGAAUAUUUGUAUAAUUCAUCAAUACUAGUUUUGGCGAUUUAAAAAAAUAAAUUUAAGUGAGAUUUAUUGUACAAAACGCUAUCACAUGUUGCUAUUGGAAAGAAAUCAUUGAUAAUAAUCCAACUAAAA